ACCUAUUUUACAGAAUUCUGUACUGUAAAGUGUAAACCAGUAAUCACUACUAAUCUGCAGUAUAUUGACACAUUAAAUUUGUCUUUUUCAAGCUUGAAAUGGAUUAUUUAAUGGUUUUCACAAAUAAAUAUGAUGGCCGAUGGGAGCGUAUAUUAACACCAUUACUAUAAACCCAUAUAGACACCAGCUGUAUGUACUUCACUACUUAAUGUCUGCGGGCAGAAAAAUUUGCGCUGUUAUGACUCGGACGGCCGUGUACGUGUUUGACAAAUAUCACUUCGCCAUCAAUACGUUCAGUGGCUCCGCAAUUAUGUGUGUCGGCGACAUCGCGCAACAGAACGUAGAACGUUACCACGGGUUGUCCGAGGGUUACGACUGGUCGAGAACCGCGCGAAUCGCGGURAUAGGCAGCAUUCUGGGAUCCGUACAACAUAUAUUUUACCGAUCGCUGGACAACCGAUAUCCAGCCAGAGACGGGUUCACGAUAUCCAAAAAGAUAUUCAUCGACCAAAUGGUGUGCACGCCAUUCAACAUCGUUUUGUUCAUAUACGGGUUGGGUUUCUUGGAACAUAAGUCUUUGACCGAGAUCAAUGAAGAGUUUAAAGACAAGUGUGCGAUGAUAUUUUUGGUUGACUGUGCUGUUUUUGUCCCAACACAAUACAUUAACUUCAAGUUUUUAGACCCAAAAUACAGACUUCUGUUUACAAACAUGGUUUCUAUUAUGUAUGACACUUUUCUCUCAUACAUUAAGUAUACGCACGAUAUUCUCAAAAUGAUAGAAAAACAAAAUAACAAUAACAAUUGAAAUGUAAAGACAAUCUCAAUAGAAAGUAAAAUAUAUAAAU